UUAUUUCUUUCUAUAUAUAUAUAUAGUAUUCUCUCCUCAUGUUGUGGUUGUAGUUUUCUUAUGCACAUGAUUUAUAAUUAAGCAGAAUCAUAGUUAUACAUAACAUAUAUGGCUAUGGCAUUCAUUGGCUACCUAUAUCUCUUCCACUUUGCUGUCUUCUUCACUCUUGUCAUUUGCACCUCCUUUACAAUCACUGAAGCUGUUGCUCCUGUUCUUGAUGUUUCUUCUCUAAAUCGCACCAGCUUUCCGCCAGGUUUCAUCUUUGGAACUGCCUCCUCUUCCUACCAGUAUGAAGGUGCUGCAAAUCAAGGUGGCAGAGGACCAAGUAUAUGGGAUACCUUAACUCAUAAACAUCCAGAAAUAAUAUCCGAUAGGAGCAAUGGAGAUGUAGCUGUUGAUCAGUAUCAUCGCUAUAAGGAAGAUGUUGGGAUCAUGAAGUAUAUGAAUACAGAUGCUUACAGAUUCUCCAUCUCUUGGUCAAGGAUAUUGCCAAAAGGAAAAAUAAGCGGGGGUAUAAACCAAGAAGGAAUCAAAUAUUACAACAACCUCAUCAACGAGCUACUGGCUAAUGGUCUUCUCCCAUUUGUGACGCUUUUCCAUUGGGAUCUUCCACAAGCCUUAAAAGACGAGUAUGGUGGCUUCUUAAACCCUCAUAUUAUCAAUGAUUUCCAAGAUUAUGCAGAGCUAUGCUUCAAGGAAUUUGGAGAUAGAGUGAAACAUUGGAUUACUUUAAAUGAGCCAUGGAGUUUUAGUAUGGGCUCAGAGCCCUACCUGACCUCACACUACCAACUACUUGCUCAUGCAGCUGCUGUCAAGAUUUAUAAAACAAAUUAUCAGGCAUCACAAGAUGGUUUCAUAGGCAUCUCAUUAAAUUGUCACUGGUUCAUACCAUUUUCAAAUGAUACAUUAGAUCGUCAAGCUGCCCAACGAGCUCUUGAUUUCAUGUUUGGAUGGUUUAUGGAACCACUAACCACAGGAAACUAUCCAAAAACCAUGAAGUCUUUACUGGGAAGCAAAUUACCAAACUUCACUAAAGAGCAAGCCAAGCUACUUAUUGGCUCGUUUGAUUUUAUUGGACUAAAUUACUACACCACUAAUUAUGCUGCCAAUAUACCCAAUCCAAUUAAUAACACAAGCAGUCCUAACUAUUACCAAGAUACUCGUGUUAAUUUUACAACUGAACGUAAUGGGACACCCAUUGGACCAAGGGCUGCUUCGUCUUGGCUAUAUGUUUAUCCAAGGGGACUUCGAGAAUUAUUGUUGUACACAAAGAUGAAGUAUAACAAUCCUGCAAUUUACAUAACAGAAAAUGGUAUGGACGAGUUCAAUGAUCCAACACUAUCACUUGAAGAGGCCCUCAUGGAUACUUAUAGAAUUGAUUACUUCUAUCGCCAUCUUUAUUAUAUUUCAAUUGCAAUCAAGGAUGGGGUGAAUGUACAGGGAUAUUUUGCAUGGUCACUUUUGGACAACUUUGAAUGGAGUGCUGGCUACACCUUGCGUUUUGGAAUUAACUUCGUCGAUUACCAAGAUAAUUUGACAAGACACCAAAAGCUCUCUGCUCAUUGGUUUAGGAAUUUUCUUCAGAAAUAAUGAACUUAUUGAGUGAUGAUCCCCCGAUAAUUGAUAUGAUGGAAAACAUGGUCACUAAUCAAGAGAAACUUUAAUUUUAAAUUUGUGUUCUUAAAUUAUUUGUACUGUAUGUG